AUUUUCCAUACCUGUAAGUUUGUAUGUAAUUUCGUUUCAUGUGUCGUAACAAUUUGUAGAUAUAAAUGAACGUUUUAGGAUAUGAGUCGUAAUUAUUCCAAGUACGCACUUAACGUAGCAAGAUUAAGCUCGCGCAUAUUUUGUGAACCACUUCCUGAAUCUGCCAAUCGAGGAAAACACGUCGAUAAAUAUCUGAGGGAGUUACCUUACUAUAAAGACAGAUCAUUCACUCAUUAUUACCCGCCCGUAUCAAAUAUUAAUCUUUUACUACGAACACUAAGAAACCACGGACUCUUUGUAGAUGAACAUAAAGACUUUAAAGAAGAAAUGGAACUUCAAAGAAAUCUUCGAGGAAAAGGAAGAUCUUUGAAGAAAUCUCUUUAAAUUUAUUUUAAGCAAACUCGAACUAUUGAAAGACCCUUGCCCGAACAGAUUGUUAUUAUAUGAUAAACAAUGACAGAAGAAAUAGAUUGCGCAAUCUGUCUCCAACCUUGUAUGCAGCCUGUAGAGCUUCCAUGCUCGCAUGUGUUUUGCUUCCUAUGUGCCAAGGGGACUGCUUUGCAAAGCCGAAGAUGCGCUUUGUGUAGAUCAGAGAUACCAACAUCCUUUAUCUCAAAACCUUCUAAAUUUACAAAAGCUGAUCAAACAGAUACACCCAGCAGUUCCAAUACCAAUCCAAAAUAUGUUUGGUUCUACCAAGGAUACAAUGGUUGGUGGCAAUAUGAUGAACGCACAUGUGCUGAAAUUGAAGCUGCAUACUUAACUGAAGUUAAAUCAGUUGAUCUGAUGAUCGCUGGUUCUGUUUAUGUGAUUGACUUUGAAAAUAAAGUUCAAUUUCAACGCAACAGAAAUUCUCGAAAAAGAAAAAUUAAAAGAGACAUUGUUUCUGCCCCGAAGAAGGGUGUGGCGGGUUUAUCAUAUGAAGAAAACUCAAACAAUCAACCACCAGCUUGUGGAAACAAGGAUAUGGCUUCUGCAAUGCAUCUCGAUGUAAAUGAUGAACAGUCACCUGACAAUGAAGGACAAACAAAAUAAGGCGCGAUGCAAUUUGAAAGAUUAUUUAUGCUUUGUCCACUAAGGAUGAAUGAAAUGCUUUUAGUGUUUUUAUUAAAGUAAAAACGUUAAUAAUGUCAUCAAACAUCAGUGGAAAAAUAUUAUUACUGUUUAAUGCUGUUGUGUUAUAACUGAACAAUUAAAUUAGUGGAAAUAUUGAUUUUUCCUGUUUUUGUUGGAAUAAGAAACAACCUAGUACUUGGUGUUUCACCACAACAGUUGAAACUGUAAUGGAAUGUAUGUUGCAUACAUUUUCGCCAAAGUUGGUAUGGCCUUACUAUAAAUGGAAUUACAAAUUUUUUUCAACGA